AUGUCUAAAGUUAUUAUUGCUAUCACUUCUUAUAAUGAAGUUUUCUAUGAUGAUGGAGCUAAAACUGGUUUAUUCGUUACUGAAGCUUUACACCCAUUCCAUGUCUUUAAAAAAGCUGGAUAUGAAGUUGAAUUUGUUUCAGAAACUGGUACCUUUGGAUUCGAUACCCAUUCAUUAGGUGAAAUGUUCUUACAAGGUGCUGAUAAAGCCGAUGUUGAAGAUGAAAACUCCGAAUUUCAAAAACAAUUGAAACAAAUCAAAAAAGCUAGUGAUAUCAAUGCCAGUGACUAUGUUGCCAUUUAUGGUUCAGCUGGUCAUGGUGCAUUAUACGAUUACCCAAAAGCCACUGAUUUGAUUAAAAUCACUGAAGCCAUUUAUGCCAAUGGUGGUGUUAUUUCUGCCGUUUGUCACGGUAUCGUUUUAUUAGGUCCUGUCAAAGAUUCUAAAACUAACGAAUUAGUUUUGAAAGGUAAAAAAAUCACUGGUUUCACUGACAUUGGUGAAGUCCAAUUAGGUGUUCAAGAAAAGAUGGACAAAGAUAAUCUUGAAUCUAUCGAAGCCAUGGCUAAAAGAAUUGGUGCCACUUAUGUUGCUCCUGAAGGUCCAUGGGAUGAUUUAUCAGUUGUUGAUGGUAGAGUUGUUACUGGGGUCAAUCCAGCUUCUGCUACUAGUGCUGCUGAAAAAGUUGUUGCUAUCCUUAAACAAUAA